AUGGAUAACCGCGUUCCGGUUGAAGAGUUUAAUGCAGCUCUUUGGAAGCGGUUUAAGGGUGGAAAAAUCCGAAAUGUGUACCCUAUGACAAAAUACAAUGAUAUUGUGGAAAAAAUAAAAGCGAUGGAAGAUAAUCCCCCUUGUAACAUUCCCGGAGAAUAUUAUUUAUUGCGAAAAUUUAUAGUUGUUAACGUAGAUGGUAAAGAAAGAUUGUCAUGUAAACCUGAAAAUUGUACCUUUGGAAUAAACACUCGAGAUAAAAAUAUUUCUCCCAAAAAAUUUUAUGUUGCCUUAGAAGAAAUAUAUAACUACAUUGAUGAAGCGCAUAAAUUGGUGAAACAUGGUGGUAGAGACCGCAUAGUACGCAUUAUACAAAAUCAGGGUAUUGUAAAUAUAACUCGAGACACAGUUGAACUUUUUCUUUCUUUCUGCAAAGUAUGUAGGCCUCGAAAACGCGAAUCAACACGGAAGUCAGGCUCUAAAACAGUUGUGCCUUCUUCCUUGCACAAUGACAGAAUUUGUGACAGUCCUUUAAAUGUAAGCAGUGAAGGUGACUAUUCAGAAAGAUCACCAAUAGUCAGAAAUCAAGAAACUGUUAAAAUUGAUCUAAAUCAAACUAGACAAUGCAGUUCUUUCUGCAGCUUUACUAGAGGUUAUAUAGAUUUAAUUGAUUUAAGUUCAUCUCCAGAUGGAGAAUAUAGGUUUGUGUUUUUGUAUCUUGACCUUCAAACCUGUUUCAGUGUAUUGUAUCCUAUGCAUUGUAAGUGUAUUUAUGAAAUUGUUUCUCAUCUUCUUAACAUUUUCACUUUAAUUGGAUCUCCACAAAUCUUACACAGCAGUUUUGAUCACCACUUCCUGUUAACAAUCAUUCAAGAUCUAAAGCAAUCGUGGCCUGAUAUAACAAUUUUUUCUGGUUCUGAUGCUUAUUUUGAAUUGCAUGAAGUUGCUCAAAACUGUGUUUCUGAAAUAAACUCUUUGCUAAAGUCUUGGAUGUCUGAAAAUAAUUCAGGCAGAUGGAGUUUAGGUUUAAGAUUCAUUCAACUCAAGAAAAAUACAUCGUUAUCAGGCAAUAGUACCAAAAGUCCUUAUGAAUGUUUUUUCGGCCAUCAGUUUGAAACACAUACACUUCCUUCAAAUGCUGAUGUAAAUUUAAUGAAGGAAGUUCAUACUGAAGAACAUUUGUUGCACGUUUUAAAUCAGCAAGAUAAUUCUGGG